AUGCAUUUGCAAUACGUAGACCAUCACCGUACAAAGCCUGCAUGUGAUGCCGGCGAAACUACGCAACUCUUUCCCCUCCAUCUCCUCGGCGACACCAACUGCCACGUAAACACUCAUUCUCCUCCUGUAAGACUUUGUCAUCACACUCGAUUCGUACCAAACUCUUCGACAGGACGAGCUCUAAACGCCUUGGAUAGCUCUCGUGGCAACCGUCGAUUCCACUUUUCCCUCUAUCACCAACAGAACUUUGACCACCAUCACAAUGAGCUCAAACAACUACCAACGGCUGGAGUCAUCAAACUCACAGCAAGAGCCAUUCUUGCAUCCUUUGUCGUCUAUGCUGUUGUCAGCCACGCGACAGCACACCAACGCUCGUCGAGUCUCUCUUCCUCCUCCGCCUCGACGGGCGUAUACUGGUCAACCGCAGCUGCUUCACAAGCAACUGGUACACCCGCUCACGUUCAGGAUGUCGAGCACCCUGCUGCGCCCGUCCCAGAGGAUGUCGUCAAGGCCGAUGUCAACGAUGCUGCAGCAGAAGCAUCUCAGACUCCCAACGCCAAUACCGACGAACACAAAGAAUCACUCGCACAGAAAGUGAUUCACAAGGUUACUGAAAUGGCGGCGGAGACUAAAGACGAGAUUGACCAAUUCCUCGAGCAAUUGUUCGAGGAGGAUGGCAUCGACAAAGACGCCAAUUUGACCCCAGAGCAAAAAGCAGAAAAGGGUAUCAAGGACGCAGAGACGAAGCGGAAACGUGCGGCCAUUGUCGCCCGCCAUGAAAAGUGGGAGGACAAGCUCCGGUGGGCGGGCGAGCACGAAUUCCAAGAAUUGUUGGAGUACAUUAACGAUGCAAGGUUUUCGGCUGUCAACAAGAUGCGCAAUACGCCGGAAAUGUUUGACCUGUUGAGGACUAUGCAAGAAGAGGGUCAGAAGCACAUUGAGAAUACGGACAAGUAUCUCCUCAAGCUCAAGAAGGACGACAAGAUUGAUGAUAGUGUUGCUCAGCAAUGGAAGACGGUCGUAGAAAAGGUGCAGAAGAAGCUCGACGACAAGACAAUCGAGGUCACUACCUAUCUCAAGACCUGGCAUCAAAAGGCCAUGGAGAAGGAAAAGGCGGUCUUUGAAGAGGCAGCGAAGAGGAUCCACGAGCUCGCCGGCACAGCUCAAGACGACCUUGGCAUGGACUAUGCAUGGUUGGAUGAUGUUUCAACCGACGACUGGACUCGUUACCAUGGCCUAAAGGAUACUGCAAACAAGUGGAUCGAAGAAUUCGAAAUGGUGUUCAAUUCAACCCAUCCUAAAAUGUCGGAAAACGUCGUCUCGACGGAGAUUCUCCAAGUCGAGACGGCCACCGUGCGCGUCGCCGCAGAUUUGAACGAGCUGUUGGACGGCGUAAAGAAGCGUGGUGAGGCAUGGGUCAAGGGCGAACCGGAGCCAUCCGAGGUCGCUCAGUCGGAGGAUGCUCAGGCAGAAACGGUCGCACCAAAGGUAGCAGAGCACGACACUGCGUCGUCUGAUCCUGUGGAUGAGACGCCAAAGGUGCACGUAGAGCUAUAA